AUGUCUGGGAGAGGCGGCCGAGGAGGGCGCGGGCGCGGGCGUGGCGGACCGCCAACAAAUGGGAGGAGAGCCGUUGCGCAGAACAGCGUCCCAUGGGCGAUGGACGGCGAUAUCGUAUUAGACGGAAAGCCCUCAGAACAGUUCCCCCCCUACAACGUCCCCAAAGCGCCCCUCCUCACCAAAAAAGAAGAAAAACAAAUCUCCUACUUCCUCCUCUUCCGCGAACAAUGCCAAGACAGCCCCCUCUACACGCAAGCGCGCAGCCGACUGUCGACCGGCCCCAACAACAGCACCGGACGCACCUAUGGCCAGGAGCAGGUCAAUAAGCGGUACGGGCAGGUGACCAAGGCGACGGUUGACCCCUUCACGGCCGUGCCCGUGUACUCCAACAAGUUCAAGAAGGUGCCGCGCACCCUGCCCGACCUCGCGUCGCGCCCCUUCGCCCUCGAGUUCUUCCCCGCCGAGCUGCACCCCACCCUCGAAGGUGACGACGAGCCUUCCGCGGCCAAGCGCCGCCGUGUCGGGCCCAAGACGUUGGGGCUAUCGAAUAUUACCUCGUACAAGACCGCCGAGGAGAUGUUCCGCCCUGAUGCGCCGUUGUUGAAUGGGGAUGGGAAUUUGAAUAAGGCGUUGGAGUUGCUGAGUGCGGUGGAGAAGCGGAAUGAGGACGGCGAGGAGGCGUUCCUGUCUGGGGAGGACGACGAUGACUGGGUGAAGGGCAAUGGGGAGGAUGGGGAGGAUGCGGUGGCGGAUGAGGAUGAUGUGUACGAGGACGAGUCUGGGGACGACUACAAUGCGGAGGCGUACUUUGACGGGAAUCAGGAUGAUGAGGACUACGAUGAAGGCGGGGAUGAAGGAGGUGAUUUCUACUAA